CCGGGUGGCGGCGAGGGAGCCGGAAGUCGGGACGUGGCCGCCCAGCGGAGGGAGGCGAUGGCGGUUGCGGUGGCGGCGCUGGGCUCUGAGCGGCUGGAGGUCUCCAUCGACGGCCUGACGCUGAGCCCGGACCCGGAGGAGGCCCGCGUGGGGCAGGCAGAGGCCAGGCCGCUCCCCGCCGGAAGAGGAGCCGGAGCCGCAGUGGGCCGGUCGGGGGCCAGCGCCAGGCAGGAGGCGGAGGAGGACGAGGAGGACGGAGAAGAGGAAGAGGAGGCCGAAGAGGAGGAGGCAGCCGAGGGCGGCGGAGGCGGAGAGGGCUCCGGGGCGCUGAGCCUGGAGCGGCGCUGGGGCUUCGGCCUGGAGGAGCUCUACGGCUUGGCCCUGCGCUUCUUCAAAGAAAAAGAUGGCAAAGCAUUUCACCCAACUUAUGAAGAAAAGCUCAGACUCGUAGCAUUGCAUAAGCAGGUUCUGUUGGGACCGUAUAAUCCAGACACUUGCCCUGAAGUUGGAUUCUUCGAUGUGCUGGGAAAUGACAGAAGGAAAGAAUGGGCUGCCCUUGGAAACAUGGCAAAGCAGGAUGCCAUGACAGAGUUUGUAAAGCUCCUAAAUAAGUGCUGCCAUCUCUUUUCCACAUAUGUUACUUCCCAUAAAAUAGAGAGAGAAGAACAGGAGAAAAAAAGGAGGGAAGAGGAAGAACGGAGACAACGUGAAGAGGAAGAACGAGAGCGUUUGCAAAAAGAGGAAGAGAAGCAAAGGCGAGAAGAGGAAGAGAGGCUGAGACGGGAAGAAGAGGAGAGGCGGAGAAUAGAAGAAGAGAGAUUCCGCAUGGAACAGCAGAAACAACAGAUAAUGGCAGCACUGAACUCUCAGACGGCUUUUCAGUUCCAACAAUAUGCUGCCCAGCAGUAUCCGGGCAAUUAUGAGCAGCAGCAGAUCCUAAUUCGUCAACUCCAGGAGCAACACUAUCAACAGUACAUGCAACAGCUUUAUCAGGUCCAGCUUGCACAACAACAGGCAGCUUUGCAAAAACAGCAGGAAGCAGCAGCCACAGCAGGGGCUUCAGUUACUUCCAUGUCAAAGGCCAAUCCAGCAGUCACAGGAGAAAUCCCAUCAGUAAAUGGGCAAGCCAGUCCUCACACAGAGAGCCCUGAAAAAGACUUGGAAACAGAUGCUUUAGAAGAAGCAUUAGAAAAUGGACCAAAAGAAUCUGUUCCAGUCAUAGCAGCACCCUCCAUGUGGACACGACCCCAGAUAGCAGACUUCAAGGAGAAGAUUCGCCAGGAUGCAGACUCUGUGAUCACAGUUGGCAGAGGAGAAGUAGUGACAGUUCGUGUACCAACACAUGAAGAGGGUUCUUAUCUCUUCUGGGAGUUUGCUACAGACAAUUAUGACAUUGGUUUUGGGGUAUAUUUUGAAUGGACAGACUCUCCUAACACAGCAGUCAGCGUUCAUGUUAGUGAAUCCAGUGAGGAUGAGGAUGAAGAUGAAGAAAAUGCUAGCAGUGAAGAGAAAGCCAAAAAGAAUGCCAACAAGCCUCAACUAGAUGAAAUAGUGCCUGUGUACAGACGAGACUGUCACGAAGAAGUGUACGCUGGCAGCCAUCAGUACCCAGGGAGAGGAGUCUAUCUCCUUAAAUUUGACAACUCCUACUCACUAUGGAGGUCAAAAACAGUUUACUACAGAGUCUAUUAUACUAGAUAAAAAUCUUGUUCUGGUGUCAGAGGCUGGGGUAUUGCAGAAGACGUCAUGUUGUUUGGAAUUUCCGUCACACAUAUUGGACUUUUAGAUGCUGUUACCCUGUCUGAUGUAUCUGUAUGAUUUUUGUGUGUGUGUCUGUGUUAACAUUUGGCACUGGGAGUUGGGCUUUCUUCUGCAGCUCAGUGUUAAUGCAGUUUGUGGGGUUAGGAUUUCCCCAAUCCUUUCUGGUGACAUGGUUGUUGACCAGAGUAUAAGACAAAAGGUCAAGCAAGAUAUGUUGGCCUUUAGAACCCCUUAAAUGCCUAACACACACAUAAAAGGAGAAGGUGUUUCAUUGGUGGCAGUCAGUAUGAUGUUGCCUGACCUAUACGCUUUCAACAUUUAAAAAAAUAAACCUGUUAGUUGUUCAUAUGAAGGUACCAGCCUUAUUUGCGGGGGAGGGAUACAGAUGCAGGUUGCACUGUAGAAAGCAAAUUUCUUAUAAUUGUAUUUGAAUGUCAGAUUUUUACACCAUUAAACUUGAAACCUUAGUGGAUGCAGUUUAGAAAUGAAUUUGUCUUGUGUCUGUUCUCAUUGAAGAAGUCAUUCAGAACCUCUCUAUCCAGACAGAAUGCUGUCAGAUGAGGGAGAAAAAGAUUGUAUGAAUUUCUGUGUGCCCAGGUGCCCUUGGUGAAGGUAGACAGCUCCUGUGAGGCAAAAGUGUGUGUAUGUAGGUACACACAAAACACACAUCAGAGAAACCUUGUCUGAUCUCCAACUAGAAAGUUUAAUUUUGGACACUGAGUAAAUAACAAAAUAUGUAUCAAUCUUUCCUUCAGUCCUCUUGUAAUCUUGAGUGCAGGUUGUUGACAACUAAGCUGGAACAUGAUUGAUUUAGAAUAGCAGUUUUCCUGUACAUACAGUUUUCCUGUACAUACUGUACUAAAAUUCAAGGGAGCUGCUCAUUAGCAGUUCUCCUUGUUGAAUUGUCAGCUAUGUGCACAAGACUUUCCUAUUGGAGUACAUAUUUUUGCAACUGUAUGAGAUAGGCUUCGAAUUAAAACCAGUUCUCUGCCUAGCUUUUGUAGUCUUUGGGGACUUUGUCAAAGAGAAGAGAAUUUGCACUUUGUGAACUUAAUAUAAUUGAACAAAGUUAUGUUGUAAGGAGUUCAGGUUGCACUAAUAUUAUGGACACUCAUCUCAGUUUGAUUCACAUUGCAUUUGUGUGCUCAUUCUUAUCACCUUUUGUCUUCUUUACUUACACCACAAGUACAGGCAUUCUAUAUUUGCAUAUCAGGUUUAGAGCAAAACUGUAAAAUUACAUAUUUGCUCAGCCGUGACAAAGGCAAGUAGAUUUCUUCUCUCUUUGUCACAGUGUGUAACAGUGUUUGUGUGGAACCAUGAUCCCAAGAAGCAGUUCAGGUAUUUCAAAAAUGGCUUUAAGUAUGUUAUGUUUGAAAGAUGCAAUCUUCCCCCAACCCGCAUUACAAAUUACUGUUUGCAGUUGAAUAUCUAUGAGUUAGCUGCAAGUAAAUGUGUUUCUACUAGAAAUGAGUCUUGGAAUUUUGGAGGGUUUUUUGUUUGAAUAUCUGUACAUACAUUAUAUAUUUUUUUCCUUUUUACAUCUUAUACUGAGAUACUGUAAAUCUCUUAAAAAGCAGUUAAUUUUUCCAUUUCAUUUUAUUUUAGCAGUGUGUUGCAAGAUUUUCUAAUUAGUGCUGCUCCAGUCAACGCUAAUAACAUUUUCUGUUCUGAUGUGUAGAUAACACUGUAUAAACCCAUAAAUUUAGGAAAUCACUUGCUUUUUCAAAGUUGUAUCUAAACUUUUUAAAAAAAUUAAGAGGGAGGCACUAAUUCCACUAAAUAUUUUAGAUUUCUUUUUGUCCAUAUUAAAUUAUGAUUUAACAGAAAAAUUGUGUUGGACAGUAGUGUAUGUUUGUAAACAUCAGCAGUUUUUGCUGUCAAACCUUGGAUAUCAAGAUCGAAAAAUGCCUCUGACUGUUGAUUAGUUCAGAAAAGUGCGCUUUCAAAAUACCUUGGAAUAAUAUAUUUAAUCUGAAUUAAAAAUGCUUACAUGGAA